CAAUAUUAUUUCUGAUUAAUAUAAUAACAGACACAAUGGCCGGAAUCAAAGGUUUGAUCUCACUGGCAUUUGCUGGUUCUAUUGGAAUGACAUUUGUCAUAUUAGCCUGUGCCUUACCGAAAUUUGAACAAAAAUGGUGGCCGUUUUUCGUAGUCCUAUUCUACGUGCUCUGCCCAAUCCCGACAAUGAUAGCGCGCCGUCACACAGAUACCAGCGGUGGAACCAACUCGCCUUGCAUGGAAAUGGCUAUAUUCAUCACUAUGGGCUUUAUUGUCAGCUCUUUUGCGCUGCCUAUUGUACUCAGCCGUGCAGAUGUGAUUUUAACAGGCGCCUGCUAUCUCACAUUGGCAGGCAACGUUAUAGUGUACCUUACCAUCCUCGGUUUCUUCACAAUCUUUGAUAUGGACGACAACGAUUACGCGAUGUGGUGAGAGAUCUAAACCUUACAGAUACCAUAGGGGUUGAUUAAUGUAGCGAGGAACAUCUUAUAUCUUACAUUAGCACAUAAAUUCACAUAACACAAUAUAAACAUGUUCACACAAUUUUCUUCAAUGUAAAAUGGACGCUUGGCCAAGAUCUCGAGACGAUGGUACGCUUUUGUCUUAAAAAUGUGUAUAAGAUAAUAUUAAAGAAUUUACAAUUACCGAGUUUUCAAGUUGUAUUCAAGUUUUAAAGAUAUCAAUCCAAUGACAGUGUGGAAAAAUCAAUUAUGUGCAUAACUACACAACUGGGGCCUUACCAUGAACUCUCAUUACAGUUCAAUAUAGGUUCGUAAUGACAAGAAGCAGGAUAGUGAUAUACACUUCAUGUAGCGCUAUCUCACAAUGAUCCAUUUUAGGUCCUAAACUGAAUUGGAAUAAGAGUUCAUGGCAAGACCCCAACUUCUUAUAUCUUGAAAGUAUUCUGCCACUAACAUUAUUUUAAUGUCUUGUAACAUCUUACAGUAAAAGCAUCCUUUUGCCACUUGAAAAAUGUUUAAUAACUUCUACUUAAUGUUAAAAGAGACCAGUACUAUAACUAUUUUGUUGAAAUAAUAUUACCAUAACAAUUUAGUCAGUUAAUCAGCUACAAUAUCAAUCGAUAUUUUUGCUUACUAAAUUACUUCUAAGUUUGAUAAAUUUAUUACAACAUAAUUAUAACAUUUUUAUUUAAAAAAACCGACCUCAAAAUUUUGUGGAAUUACAUCUAUUUGCCAAUAACGUGAAAUCCAAUAAACCGAAUUCAUCC